AUGAGUGUUGCAGACCAUGAGAGGCAAGAGGAGGAGCUCAAAAAGGCAGAGAAGAAGGAUUCAGCUGCUGCUAAUAAGCUUUUCAAUGAGAAACUGAAGGAAGAAAAGCGUGCGGCAGCUGCAAAGGCAAAGGAGAGCAGAGACGUAAGGAUAAAGAAGCUCGCAACACUGCAAAAGCUCUCAAAGUACCUCAAAGAGGCAAUUGCACAACCUCAAAAGCUUCUGCAGUCAAACAGAAGCCUGCACGUCGUGCUGUGGGUGCUCGUAGUCAUCCCAAGUCUGCGACGACUCCGCUACCACGCGCAACUGUCACUACCAGGUCUGGCCGCACCGCCACAAGAUACUAGUAACUUUGUAUAA